AUGCUAAGUUCGCUGGCGGAGAACACGUUCAGCGUCAUGAGUAUAAACGUGGCGGGGAUUCCAGAGUUCCUGUCGAGUGGCAGCCCAUUGGAGAAUAGCGUCGAGAUCGGCAGACGUAUCAGUAACUGGGACGUCGUUAACGUUCAGGAAGAUUUCAACUACCACGCAUACGUUUACUCGGAGAACUCGCAUCUGCAUCGGACUUCGACGAGCGGAGGCAUUCCGUUCGGCGACGGACUCAACACGCUGUCGAACUUCUCGUUCAAUAACAUCACGGACUUGACGCGCUCCAAGUGGAGUGUCUGCAGUACAUUUGAUGGUGCUGAUUGCCUCACCCCCAAGGGCUUCACGUUUCUCGAGAUUCAAUUGGCCGAUGGAGUCACGCUCGACCUCUACAACUUGCACGCUGAUGCGGGUGUCACGGAUGCCGACGAGGUGGCUCGUGCAGCAAAUCUCGCACAACUCAGCGCUUACAUCACUGCUAACUCAGCUGAUAAUGCGGUCAUUGUCAUGGGGGACACUAAUACUCGCUACACUCGUGCGGCUGAUACCAUUCGAGAGUUCGCGGAAGGACUCAAUCUCACUGACGGUUGGGUGGAGUACGUUCGCAACGGCGAGUACCCUACCAAGGGGGCUGAAGCUAUCGUGUGUGAUGCAAGCAUCAUGACCAACGCUUGUGAAGUAGUGGACAAGAUCCUGUACCGUGGCAACAACUACAUCAAGUUGACACUCGAGAAGUGGAAUAAUGAGAACGCUGCCUUUCUGGACGACAAUGGGGUCAUGUUGUCGGACCACCCGCCGAUUUCCUCCAUCUUUUCCUGGACAUUAAACGACGAAAUUCGUCUGAGCAACGCUGUUGGGGGACCGCAUGGAGACCAAUUCACAGACGUCGCAUCGGCUGGUGGGGGUCAAACGGUGAAAUCCAUCACAAUACGAUCGGGAUCCCGUGUAGAUGCAGUAAGCAUCGCGAUCUCAGCACCAAGCGCGACGAUGAUCUCGCAUGGUGGCACUGGUGGUACUGCAAAAACCCUGACGCUGUCUUCUGGCGAGUAUGUUAUCUCGAUGCAAGUUCACUGGAGCAAGUACAAUGGCCACACGCGUAUAUUCUAUCUCAAAUUCAUGACAAAUUUGGGUAAAACACUGGCUGGAGGGGUACCCACUAGCGAGAACAUGACGGUGUAUGCACCCGAUGGCUACCAACUCAGCGCCUUCCACGGGCGACAUGGAGACGAAAUUGACGCGUUGGGGCGAUCUGGGCGAAGGUUUCGGUUUGAUCUUGUGGGGACUAAAGAGGCAACAAAGUAG